UUUUUUUUUUUCUUUUUUUUUUUUCUUUUGGUUGUUUAUCUGUAGCUAGCAGGCGUGGCAGUCAACACCCACCGACAAACGAGUUCUGUCUUUCACUGGGAAUCUCGUAUUCGGUGACAUGUCCAGGCCAGACUACCCUCCGGGGUACGGUGAGUCUCGAGGCCCGCUGUAUAACCCUCAGGGGGGAAACUUCCCACCACCUCCUGCCUAUGGCUUCCCUGCAUAUGGUGGACCUCAGCCAGGCCAGCCCUCUGCUCCUUACCCCACUGGACCAUACCCAGGACAACAAUACCCCCCUGGAUAUCCAGGAGGUGGUUACCCUCCUCAGCUUCCCAUGCCACCAGUCAUCCCACCGACCAUACCAACAGAUGUCCUAAGCUCUAGUGAGGAAGAAAGAGAUGGGUUUGCUGCCAGCGGCGGUGGCUUUGACAGUCUCAGCAUUCGGCAUGCCUUCAUCAGGAAGGUGUAUUUGAUUUUGGCGUGUCAGCUCCUUGUCACUGCAGGCAUUGUGGCUGUGUUUACGUUUGUCAAACCUGUCAGGCAUUUUGUACAGCGAAAUCCAGCCAUCUACUGGGCAUCUUAUGCUGUGUACAUUGUCACCCACCUUGUGCUGGCGUGCUGUAAGGGCCCUCGGCGGAAGUACCCGUGGAAUCUCAUUCUGUUGUUCAUCUUUACAUUGGCUUUGUCCUAUAUGACCGGAUCCAUAUCCAGUUACUAUGAUACAAAAGCUGUGUUUCUGGCCGUGGGUAUCACUGCCAUCGUCUGCGUCGCCGUCACGGUCUUUUGCUUCCAGACAAAGGUUGACUUCACCAAGUGCCAGGGCAUGUUCUGUGUGCUUGGGAUUGUUAUCUUUGUGACUGGAAUCAUCACAGCCAUUGUUCUCUCCUUCAAAUAUAUUCUGUGGCUUCACAUGCUUUAUGCAGCUCUGGGUGCUGUGGCUUUCACUCUGUUCCUGGCUUACCACACUCAGCUGCUAAUAGGGAACAGAAAGCAUUCCAUCAGUCCCGAAGAGUAUGUUUUUGCCGCACUCUCCAUCUAUGUUGACAUUAUCCAAAUCUUCCUGUUUCUGCUGCAGAUCAUCGGUGGGGCGAGCAGAUAAAUCCAAGAAGGUACAGCGCCCUCUUUGACAACCGGGGAAAAUGUUACCUGCUGCACAAUCGGUUCAUUCUUUUUGAAAUCUUUGGUUUUCUUAUUUAAAAAAUAAAUAAAUAAAAUUGGGGAACUAGCAGAGCUGUUUGUAAAAUAUCAUGUUUAUUAAAAGCUUUAGCUCACAUAGUUGCUGCAAUACGUCGACUCAAUAUGCUUGUUAAUGUUAUAAUUCUGUAGGAAUACUUGUUAAAUCACAGUAUGUAGUAGUACCCCACUCUAGCCAAAGCAUUUUAACAUUUCAUGUUAAGAAUUUUGCUAACACUCGGCUCAUUGUGAAGUAUAAAAAAUGCACUUUUUUUGAAAGCUUUAUUUGUUAUUUCCCAGUGUGGGAUUAUUAUAAAAAUGCAUUAUAUGUGCACUGGAUUGUCAAUUGAAGCAUGUGCUUUCUUUCUUGCUGGAUUAAUGUUAAGACCCAUUUUGUCUGUAUAUUCAUCUGUACUUUUAUCUAAUGAUACCAGUAUGUAAUGAAUGGACACAUUAAGAAAAAAGGGCAAUGAUUUGAUCAGUUUCUAAGUAUAAGUGAACCCAGGUGCACCCUCUUCUGGCUGCCUUUGAUUCUCUGGGGCACAGCUGGUUGUGAUGCUGCACAUCGCGGUUAUUAGUUCAAGUUAGCACGCGUUUGUUCAUGGUUUUAUACAUGUUGAAUAUUGUAACUGUUUCUGUAAACAUCAAUAUUGCUUUCAUAAUGAAAA